CGCUAUAAACCCAUUGGCUUAAUCAUGCACGACGCAAGUCAUACCAGGGUGUAGCAGCAUAAUCGCCGCGUGAUAUGAUCCAUCUAUCAGAUUUUCUAGCCGACAUUCAGUACCGGAUAUGACACAUGGAAUUGUAUUCCGCAUCUUGCAGCUCCGGUUCCCAGGCUACCCAUGAUUGAUCUCUGGCUGGCAUUCGGUCGCGGUCUUUAAAACUCGAAAAUCGCGUCUAUGAAUUUACUUGAUCCCCUGCCAUGUCCGUGGCUAUCGUGACCGGUGCCGGCCAAGGAAUUGGCAAAGUGAUUGCUCUCAGAUACGCUGACGAUGGCUUCGAUGUGGCUAUCAACGACCUGCCUCGUAAAUCAGAAGCCCUGGAAUUGCUUUCAGCAGAAAUUUUGGCUAAGGGAAGGAGGUCCUGCAUAAUUCUUGCUGAUGUGUCUGUGUGGAAGGAGGUGGAAAUUAUGGUGACCAAAGUGGUCGCAGAGCUAGGUCAAUUGUAUGUUGUGCGUUUCAGUCCGUAUUUUGAUGGGCGUCCGGUCUGCGGGAAUGGGUUUUGGGCGGCGUCUCCUGGACAGUGCGUUGAUCGUGUGCUCAAUGUCAACGCCCGAAGUGUUUUCCUUCGUUACAAACUUGCUGCCAAACAGAUGAUUACACAGGGGUCUGGGGGUCGAAUUAUCGGAGCAUCUUCGGUCCUUGGACAGCAAGGUGGAAGAUACGUUAGUGCCUACAGUGCCUCAAAGUUCGCCAUUAGAGGUCUUACGCAUUGUGCAGCUACCGAAUUUGGAGAAUAUGGGAUCACAGUAAACUUCUACACUCCAGGUUUACCAUGCCAUAUGCUUGUUUCCUAA